CUUCUGCAAAAACAAAGAAGAUGAUGUAUGACAUAUAUGACAAAAUUGACAAACAACUCGCAAAAAUGUUUAUAUAUGAUCAUAUGAAACGAAAUACGAGUUAUAUAUUUGAAAGAAAAGGUUAUUAAUCUGGAAUUGGUAUUCUUGUUACCAAGAGGAGAAGUGAAAGAGUUACUCAUCUAACAUCCCUCAAAAUCUCAACCCUACUUUAGACAAAAAAUGCACAACUUCCAAACAAAUUUGAUGAAUUAUCAGAAUAGUUACAACCUUCCACAAGAGUUAAUUAUUAAACCAUUAGCUUUGAUAGGAUUUUCUGGAUUAGAUACUAUUAAUAAUGCAGUACAUAAAUCUGUUUGGGAAGCAUUUACAAAUAGGGUGGAAAAAGCUCCAGUCAGCUAUAAGCUGAUUAGCAAUACUUACAAAUUUCCUGUUGUUAAACCUAAGAGAAAUUCAUAUGAUUGGUACAUUCCCAAAGGUAUUUUGAAACGUAACUGGAUGGUAAAACAUCUAAAUGAAGUGCCUGCGGUGAUUAUUAUAUUUUAUGAUUUGGAUUGGAAUGAUAGUUUGUGGAAUGAAAAGAUGAUUGAAUGUGCAUCAAGGGUUCAAUCCAUGAAGAUAGCUUUAGAAGGCAGGGAUACUCGUAUUGUGGUAGUAUUAAUUCAGAGUCAGCCGCCUCUUCCUGACGAUCCAUUAGCUGCAGAACGAGCAAUAACUUUAUGCUCAAGUUGUGAAUUGAAUUCACAGUCGCUCUAUGUCUUGCCUCAUGGCCAGCAUAUAAUGGGUUAUACAAUAAGGUUAGAAAAUACAUUUUUGGAGUUUGCUCAAUCAUAUUACUACAACAAUCUGAAAAAUAUCAAAGCACACAAAGAACAUUUGAAUAAGACUUCACAUCAGUAUUUAUUUGUGAGGCAUCAAUUUAAAAUGGCAUAUUUGAGUGAGCUGAGACAAGACAUUCAUACUGCUCAUAAGCAUUAUGCAACAGCUUAUAAUAAUUUAUUGGAUAUAAGAAUAGUAGAUACCAAUGCUUUGGAAAUUCGGACAGUUGCAUGUUUUAUAAAUUAUAAAAUUUGCCGUCUGAUGUUCAUAUUAAACCUACCUCGUGAUGCUAUCGCCCAUUUUAAGGUGCACAUUGAUAAAUUUAGAAACAAAAUGGGAUUUCAAGAACUCACUUUUGAACAUUAUGCUUGGUUAUCCAAACAGUUUGAAGUUUUUGGAGAUAUUUUUUAUGAAGCUGUUAAACUUGGAUUACCUGCUGUACAGACACAACAUCCUGGGAUAUAUUACCAACAGGCUGCACAGUAUGCUAUUUUAAGGAAAAAGUCCUGUCAUGAAUUCUGUGCGAAGUCAAUGGCAUAUCCUUAUCCAGAUCCACUGACCAAUUUUGACAAAGUGGAAUUUUUUGGACAAAGACCUUGGAGACCAGGAAAACUUUCUGGUGAACCACCCGAUCCUGCGGUUGAAACAAGUGGGAUACAAGCCAUUCAAUUUUUAGAAAAUCAGAUAAAUCAUUCCAGCCUGAUUAUUUCCCUAUUUGGAUUAGCAAAUGAGCAAUUUAAAAUUUAUAAAUGUCCAAGAACAAGGCGACAUCUUGUGUUACAAAUGGCGGAUGAGUGUUAUAAUUCCAAAGAUUUUGGAAAAGCUCUCACGUUAUAUACACAUAUGUUGUCGGACUAUAGAGAAGAAAAAUGGUGGAGUAUUAUAUCACAUGUUCUAGAAAAAGCACUAAGAUGCGCAUAUUUAACGGCCAAUGUUCAGGAUUAUGUUGUACUUGUCAUUGAACUCCUAGGUUCAUUUGUGACUAUUAGUUUCGAAGAGAAACGGAAAAUAUACGAAAACUUUAUGAGAAUAUUGAAGAAACAAAUACCUUAUAGCGAUCCUAAACUUCCACACGAUAUUAUUCAGGAUGCAAUAAUUUUGUGGCAACCGGUGUUCGCCAAAAACUUUUUAGAAUUGUCGGUAGAUAUCGACAGAAAAAUUACCUGCGUGGAAAUUAAAGCGCGGUUUUUGAAAUCCAACUAUGAAGUCGACCAGAUGGUUGCUUUAGAAAUUUAUGUCAGGUGCACUUGUCCAUUUCCAUUGAAGUUUAUUCACAUUUCAGUGAAUAUAACUACAACUGACUCAACAUCAGAAUUUGGAGUAAAGAAUGUAAAUGAUAAUUCCUUGCUUUUUCUCUCAAAUGAGGUUAAGAAGUUUUAUAUUGAGUUUGAGCCAGAUAUGAACAGUAUAGAUAAAGAAAUCAAGAUAGAAUGCAUAAAUUUGUCAAUAGGUGAUCCCGGCAAAUGCUUGGUUCAUCUAAAAUUCAAUAGCAUAGAAGUAUCAAAUGAAGAUUCGGAACUAAAUUACUUUAAACUAUGCAAGAAUGUCUUAGAUUUUGAUAACCUAAAACCUUCACUUACUGCUCUAAUUGUUCCAAGACAAUCAAAAAUAAGCGUAAAGUGUGAGCAUGAACCGCCGGCAUUAGUGGGAGAAUGUUACGAAAUAAAUAUUGUAAUUGUAAAUGAGGAACAGUCUAAUAUUAAGGAUUUGAUUGUUGAGUUAGGACUAGAGGAUGACACUAAAAUGGAAAUUUAUAAAUCCUCGUUAAUGCGAAAAGAAAAGAUUCCUUUGAUAUUAGACACGCCCCAACAGUUGAAAGUCGGCGCUAAGUUGUCUUCAGUAAUCUUUGUAAGAAUUCAUGUUGAUGGGAUAAGGACUCUCCAAUUGAAAAUAACAUAUGCGCUUGACACGGAAAAGCCAGUACUUAGUGUUAAAAAUGAAACAGUUAUUUUACCUGUGGUGCAACCAUUCACAGUUAGUACCAGAUAUAUGUCUACCAUGAUGAACGAAAUUCACAAAUUUUAUGCCCAUGAAGAUUUUGCGGUACUUGCGCUUCUUCACUUUUUAUCCCCUUGGCCCAUUUUCAUAGAGGAUACAUCAUUGGACUUUUUACUUCCUGUGAAAGCACUGGAAGAGAAUACCAAGAGUCAAAUUGCAGGAUUAACAUUUUAUAAAGAAGAAAUUGCCAACGAAUUUUACUUGGCAGUAUGUGAAAAAUCGUCAGAUCAAAACGUUACUGUAGGCGAAUAUACUAUCAAGUGGAAAAGGCAAAACGGUAAAACAACCACAACACAGGUAACCUUGUAUGGCUACCACUGUGAUUGGAUUCCUUUAAAUUUAAAAAUGACUGCACCUGCUCACGGAUUUGUUAGAACCCCUGUGAUUGUUAGUUACCAUUUAAUCAAUCAUUCAUCACAUCUUGUGCAGUUGAAUCUUGGGAUGGAAGCAAAUGAUGAAGAAGCAGUUAUGUUUGCUGGCUACACAGAGUUUGGGGUAUCUGUUUUACCAAAUUCUGUGAAAACUGUGCAAUACAAUUUGUAUCCAUUAACUGGAGGUUGCAUAAUGUUACCGAAAUUUACUUUAAAAAUCCCAGAAGGUAGUACAGAAGGUCCAGCCUUAAGACAAGAUCAAUUAAAUCAGUUGGUUGAUAGAAGUAUUUCGCGCCAUUUGUAUGUAAUGCCUCAAACCAAAGGCAAUGUGAAAUGACCGGAAUGGAGUAAAUCAACCAUAAUUAUUUUAAAUGGAUUGAAGAAAUUAUAAAUAAUAAUUAUAAUAAAAUUAUAUUAAUUAAA